CGCUGCGGCGGCGGCGGCGGCGGCGGCGGCGGCGGCGGUGGCAGCCUGGGCUUUCGCGCGCUGGGGCGGUUGGGCUGGCCCCUGAGGUUCACGGCCAUGGAGUGGGGUUAUGAGUCGGCGGCUGUGAGGAGGCACCGCGUCGGAGGAGAGCGUCGGGAGGGACCAGCGGCCGUCCCACCGCCGGAGAGGGAGGCCCGAGCGCAGGAGCCCCUGGUGGAUGGGUGCGGCGGCGGCGGGAGGACGCGGAAGAGGAGCCCAGGGGGAAGCGGCGGCGCGAGCCGGAGCGCGGGGACCGGGCUGUCUGAGGCGCGCGCGGCGCUGGGGCUCGCGCUCUACCUGCUCGCGCUGCGGACGCUGGUGCAGCUCUCACUGCAGCAGCUUGUGCUGCGUGGGGCUGCUGGACACCGCGGGGAGUUCGACGCGCUCCAUGCCAGGGAUUAUCUUGAACACAUAACCUCCAUUGGCCCCAGGACUACAGGAAGUCCAGAAAAUGAAAUUCUGACAGUGCACUACCUUUUGGAACAGAUUAAACUGAUUGAAGUGCAAAGCAACAGCCUUCAUAGGAUUUCAGUAGAUGUGCAACGGCCCACAGGCUCUUUUAGCAUUGAUUUCUUGGGAGGUUUUACAAGCUAUUAUGACAACAUCACCAAUGUUGUGGUAAAGCUGGAACCCAGAGAUGGAGCCCAGCAUGCUAUCUUGGCUAACUGUCAUUUUGACUCAGUAGCAAACUCACCAGGUGCCAGUGAUGAUGCAGUUAGCUGCUCAGUGAUGCUGGAGGUCCUUCGUGUCUUGUCAACAUCUUCAGAAGCCUUGCAUCAUGCUGUCAUAUUUCUCUUUAAUGGUGCUGAGGAAAAUGUCUUGCAAGCCAGUCAUGGUUUCAUUACUCAGCAUCCCUGGGCUAGCUUGAUUCGUGCAUUCAUUAACCUGGAGGCAGCAGGUGUAGGAGGGAAAGAACUCGUAUUCCAAACAGGUCCUGAAAAUCCUUGGUUGGUUCAAGCUUAUGUUUCAGCAGCUAAACACCCUUUUGCUUCUGUGGUGGCUCAGGAGGUUUUUCAGAGUGGAAUCAUUCCUUCAGAUACUGACUUCCGUAUCUACAGGGAUUUUGGGAACAUCCCAGGAAUAGACUUAGCUUUUAUUGAGAAUGGAUACAUUUAUCACACCAAGUAUGACACGGCAGACAGAAUUCUUACGGAUUCCAUUCAGAGAGCAGGUGACAACAUUUUAGCAGUUCUUAAGCAUCUAGCUACAUCUGAUAUGCUGGCUGCUGCUUCUAAGUAUCAACAUGGAAACAUGGUCUUCUUUGAUGUGCUGGGCCUAUUUGUCAUUGCCUACCCCUCUCGUAUUGGCUCAAUCAUAAACUACAUGGUAGUAAUGGCUGUUGUUUUAUACCUGGGUAAAAAAUUGUUGCAGCCCAAACAUAAGACUGGUAACUACAAGAAGGACUUCUUGUGUGGACUUGGGAUCACUGUGAUUAGCUGGUUCACUAGCCUUGUUACCGUUCUCAUUAUAGCAGUGUUCAUCUCUCUUAUUGGACAGUCUCUGUCAUGGUAUAACCACUUCUAUGUCUCCGUUUGUCUGUAUGGAACUGCAACUGUAGCCAAAAUAAUAUUUAUACAUACUCUUGCAAAAAGAUUUUAUUACAUGAAUGCCAGUGACCAGUAUCUGGGAGAAGUAUUUUUUGACGUCUCGCUGUUUGUCCAUUGCUGUUUUCUUGUAGCCCUCACUUACCAAGGACUUUGCUCGGCAUUUAUUAGUGCUGUCUGGGUAGCAUUCCCAUUGCUCACAAAGCUCUGUGUGCAUAAGGACUUUAAGCAGCAUGGUGCCCAAGGAAAAUUUUUUACUUUUUACCUUUUGGGGAUGUUUAUUCCUUAUCUUUAUGCAUUGUACCUCAUCUGGGCGGUAUUUGAGAUGUUUACUCCUAUCCUCGGGAGAAGUGGUUCCGAAAUCCCACCUGAUGUUGUGCUGGCAUCCAUUUUGGCUGGUUGUGCAAUGAUUCUCUCUUCCUAUUUUAUUAACUUCAUCUACCUUGCCAAGAGCACAAAAAAAACCUUGCUGACUUUAACUUUGGUAUGUGCAAUUACAUUCCUCCUUGUUUGCAGUGGAACAUUUUUUCCAUAUAGCUCCAAUCCUGCUAAUCCGAAGCCAAAGAGAGUGUUUCUUCAGCAUAUGACUAGAACAUUUCAUGACUUAGAAGGAAAUGCAGUUAAACGGGACUCUGGAGUAUGGAUCAAUGGGUUUGAUUAUACUGGAAUGUCUCACAUAACCCCUCACAUUCCUGAAAUCAAUGAUAGCAUCCGAGCUCACUGUGAGGAGAAUGCACCUCUCUGUGGUUUUCCUUGGUAUCUUCCAGUGCACUUUCUAAUCAGGAAAAACUGGUAUCUUCCUGCCCCGGAAGUUUCUCCAAGAAAUCCUGCUUAUUUCCGACUCAUAUCCAAAGAGCAAACACCUUGGGAUUCUAUUAAAUUGACUUUUGAAGCAACGGGACCAAGCCAUAUGUCCUUCUAUGUUCGAGCCCACAAAGGGUCAACACUUUCUCAGUGGUCUCUUGGCAAUGGCACCCCAGUCACAAGUAAAGGAGGAGACUACUUUGUCUUUUACUCCCAUGGACUCGAGGCCUCUGCAUGGCAGUUCUGGAUAGAAGUGCAGGUCUCAGAAGAACAUCCCGAAGGAAUGGUCACUGUGGCCAUUGCUGCCCACUAUCUAUCUGGGGAAGACAAGAGAUCCCCUCAGCUGGAUGCUCUGAAGGAGAAGUUUCCAGAUUGGACAUUUCCCUCUGCCUGGGUGUGCACCUACGAUCUCUUUGUGUUUUAAUCUUGUGGAUGAACUCUAAGUACAUGCCCAGUGGAUACGCCAUGUGACAUGGUUUCUCCCUAUGUUAGAGAAACCAUGGAUGUUUAUAACGUAAGUCAAUGAAUUUUAAUGAGCGUAUGUUCAAAGAGCUUUCUGGGUUAACACUUUUCAGGGCCAAGCACUAUAAGGGUUAAGCUGUGGCACAAUGCAUGGCCUGUUGACACUUGAAAGUGCCAGUUUUCUAGCACGUAAGCACAUGUGGGUACUGCCACUACACACACAUUAUUUUAUGUGAUCUUAAGGACAAAAGCCAACAAACCACUUCAAUAGCUGCCCCUUUAGGAUCAAGAAAGAGGUACACUGUCAGAGAUAAAUGAUUAAUGAGAUUAAUGAGAGAUUAAUGAGAUAAAAGUGGUUUCCAAUUUAAGCCCCAAGACCAUUUGUUGAAUUAGUGGAUGGUGGGUGAAAUAUCACUUACUGAGGUAAUGAUUCCCCUUGAGACUGUAACUCUUGUAUGGGUCACUGAAGUGAUUGCCAUAGGGCUGGGGGAGAAGCAUUGCACUCUUGAGGCUGUAGCCUGUGCUUAGCUGUUUCUUCAGGCAGCCUCUCUAGUGUGCUUUGUGUCUCUGUACUGAGGCCUGGAUCCCAUGCUGAGCUGGUGACUCACUGUCCUGACAAGUGGACACUCAGAUCCAUGGCUGCGCUG